AGAUGUUGCGGCGGCGAUGUAGCUUCAGAUCCCGCGGCGACUCGCCUCAUACGUGAUUUCAGAGACCUGUUCUCUGACCCAGAGCAAGAAGAAAGACCAUCGAGCUCCAUCAUCAUCGUCAAUAGUCAUCUUCAAUCGCCAAUCGCCACCGUCGAUGCGAAUAAGCUCAACUGCACCUUCUUCCCACCAAUGGCCCCUGCAUCUUGUCAUCUUCAAUGUCGUUGGGGUCCCCGCUUGCUUCAACACCACCGCCGACAAGAUGAUGGUCUUCCUCUUCCCUUGUUCUUUGAUUACCUUGUCGGAGGAGGAAGCAAGAAUCUGAAUCGUGGGCCUUUUAGAGUGCUAGGAGAGAAGAGAAGAAGAUUAGGG